CCUGAAGAUGGCGCUACCAUGAUCGUGAUAUUUUGCUCGUAGAGGCAGCCCAUGAGCCAAUUCGUUUAUUAAUCGAUCAUUCCGGGAGUCGCCGUGCGUAAAUUCGUACUCAAGUUGUCGCGGUCUUGAGAUAAUAAGAGGCAUCUUGAUACGUAUCGUCAAGAGAAAUGUAGUUGUUAAACGAAUUUGUGCGUGAAACGAAUUUGUACGUUGUUGCCACAUAGCUGAGGUGUCCUCGCGAAGUGAGAUAUGGUCAUCAACAUGCAUUUGGCACAUCGACGAUUCGCACGACGCCGAUUGAAUUAAUAAAAUCGUCGAAGCAAAAAAUUAAUGUGAAGUGAGACACACCAGAGCUAUGACGAGAUAACAGAUGCAGAAUGAGGCACAGCAACAGUGGUAACCUAUUCGGUUAUGCGGUCCUCACAUUUACGCUCUCUCGUCUCAAGGUACAUGCAGAAAGUGGAGUUGCUUGUAAAGAUCAAAGUGGACGUACUUUUGAAAGCGGUAUCUUUUAUACUCCUGGACCAGAACCAUGUACUUUUUGUGUUUGUGAUAAUGGCAAUCCAAAGUGGUGUAAAGCUUUUAUUUGCAAAUUUCUCGAGGAGAAUUGCAAGUCUUUUCGUCGAGGUGAUACCUGUUGUGAAUUUAUUUGCUUGGACGAUACAUUGUCAAUAUCUAAUGACAAAGUCGAUGGAGCAGGAAGUAACGUAUUAGAUGGAAAUGCAAGUUAUGAUAUAGGUUUACGAUCAAUUGCCAGUUUUGUGACAGCAAUAUUUUCUCUGAGUCUGUUAUUCUUUCUGAUACAUCGUCUGCGUCAGCGUAAAAUACAAGUUUGUGUAGCGGGUCGAGAAAACAGGCAACUUGGAGAGGAUCAGAGAAGCUUAGGCAAUAUGGGAUAUUUGGACAGAGGAUUGCCUCAUGGAGUUCCCAUGGAUGACAUAUCUUGUGGGACAGGUUAUUCACUAUGGAAACCACCUGGCAGCAAUUAUUUCCCUCGUGGCGAGGCACCUCCACCUUAUGAGGAAGCAAUUGCUGCUGCGAGAGCGGAACAACUGCUAUCAAUGAAUCCGCACACGUUAUUAUCGAUGAACUUCUCUGAUAAUUAUAUGCCAAAUAUUAACAAUCAUACAAACAUGUCGGUCAUCGCGGACGCACAAAACGAAUUAACUAUGAACGCGCAAGCUUCAUCCAACGAUAAUCAUAUAAGCACACCCUUGAUGUCUUCAUCGAGCAGAUCGUUUCCUAGUCCCAGCACAUACGCGCCUGGCAACUAUCGACCGGUAAGUCAAAAUAUCAAUGCAACGUCCACUGUUGGUCUGAAUACUAGCACAUCUACUACGAAUUUUACAAUGGGAACAAACAUGUACGAGAAUCUACCCAUCUCGUCAAUCAAUACGACUAGUUUCAAUGAAAGUCAACAUUCUGGGAUGAAUAGCGCCAGUACGCAACAACCACUAUUACCGAUAUCACAUUCUACUAUUCCCAAGAAUUAUCGCCAACAUACGACGAUCUUUCCGCGUCAGAGCGGAAAUGGCGCGUUCACGAUAUCGGCGAUUCUGUCAAAUUCAGACGUGUCUUCUCAUCGCACAAUUUCGCGAACGUUAACGUCUCGUAUUACCGGCAGAACGAAGGAUGUUCUGACCGAUUGUUCGGCGAAGGAUUAUCUCCGCUUAUCACCUAACAGUAUCGCGGCGCCUCAUGAAAGUUCAUCUCAUUCGGUGCAAUUGUCUGCAGCUGCAACUUGCCCGAAUAACUAUAAAAAUGCUACCAAAGAUGUGGAUACGUUUUAUACGAAUGAUACUCCAAUAGCGACAGCGUCCACUUUAGUAACGCAAUCUGAAACGUAUAAAAUAAAUACGGCAGACGUAUCCGAGAAGACUUGCGAAUACACACCUUCGUUGAGUGCAGCUAACGAGAUGAAUGCGAGCGGCAGUUUCGAAUCAAUGACGUGUACAUGCAGCAUGCAAGCGUUACCUACUCUGCACGAUGACACAGACGACUAUCGAAGUGAAUGCGAGAAUUGUAAAAGUGCGACUGGUUCUCGUUACUAUUUAGAUAAUGAAGACGAACUAGUCACUUCUCUUCACGAAACCAUGACAUUACACAGGAGACCAGACGAAACAACAUCAAGUGCCACACCACAGUAUUAUAGAACUUCACUUACACUGCCGACGAGUACACGCCAACGUACAAGGAUUACUGGGGCCCGUGAAAAUUGGUUCAACACCAUGCCAGAAAGUUCUAGCGGGUCUUCUGACGAAAACUAAGAAAGGAAAAAAUAGAAAAAAAAGUUUAAAUGCAAAUAAGAUUAUUAUAAUGCAUACAACAGACAUACAUACAUACACAGUAUAUGUAUUUGCAUGUGUACACAAUUAUUAAAAUUAUCUAUAUAGAGUGUCCCAAAAUUAUUGCGCUUCUGCUCUCAGAUGAGGUUGUUGGUAGAAUGUAUUGUCAAUACAAUAAUAAUUUUUGCAUCAUAUUAAAAUAAAAAACAAAAAUAUACAGAUUUUCUAUAUGUUUAACGAUAUAAAAAAGAGCUCUAUUAAAAAGCUUCACAAAUCUCUUCAUUUCUUCAUACAACAGCAAUUCGUCUUUCAAAAUUCCCUAACUUCCCUAUAUUUGAGAGAAAUUGCGUUUUUGGGACAUCCUCUAUAGUGAUCGUCAUAAUUAUAAUUAUUAUAUAUUAUAAUCAUGUCGGCAUCAUUAUUAUCAUUGUUAUCAUUGUCAAUUAACAAUAGAAAUUUGUGAAUUCUUAUAGUGAAACUUUUUAAUCCGGAAUAAAUCAAACAAAGUUCAGUGGGAAAUUUCAAAGUAAAAUUAUAUAAACUUCUGCACUGCAUCAAUAUCACUAUUACUAUUUUUAUCAUAAUGUAAGAAUAUCUUACAUCAUGACUUUUAUUAUCGUUAUUGCAUUAUAUUGUGUUACCAUAACAAUUUUUUUUUGUUAAUUUAUUUUAUUCGCCGAACGAGAAAAUUUUUGUUAAAUUAAAAGAGAUAUACAAAUUUUAAUAAUAGAUCUUUAAUGUAAAAAAUAGAAUAAAUUCAUAUCUGUAUAUGUAUAUGAUAUUAGGAGAGAAUCAUAAAAAUAUAUGUAAUAAGUCAUAAAAUUCAUUCUAUCAUGGAAUGUUUACAAACGCGAAAUAUCCAUUAAUACAUAAACACACACACAUAAAUUGCAAGGAAUCGAUUUAUAUAAAAAAAUUAGUGGUCCAUUAAAAAAAAAAAAAAAACUUAACUUUUAUAUAAAGCCAGCGUCAAACGAUGUACGUUUUUUUUAUAUGAUUAGCUUGGAUGCUAGCUCAUAUAGUGUACGUUGCUUGGUUUGUUGUAUGAAACGUUGUAUAAAAACAUCACACGAAGUAAGUUUACUGUAGUUAGCAUUGUAUGAAGAUAUCAGACGAAAGAAAAUAUAGCUAAUAGAUUGAUAGGUUUUGAUAAGUUAGAGGCCAAUUUUACUUCGGUUAAAUUAAUCGACGGACAAAAUUAGCAGGGUGGCAAAUGAUAAGAAUGCUUGGUUUUCCUUCACCUCCAUUUUUUGUUGUCAUCCUGCUGAUUUUAACCGUCGGUUAACUUAAUCGAAGGUGGUGAAAUGGGUCCUUAAAUAAAACAUUUAUAAAAGAUUCGCGGUUUGAGAGAAAUUAUAUUCGGGAGUUGAUUGUACAAUAUUAAUAUUCUGAUAAACGUCAAAAUUUAUUUAACACAUCAACAAUGAAGUAGUUUUGAAAAUAUUUCCGACACGAUUGGUGCAUGCAAGGAAGUAAGCAUGAAAUAAUGCAACGGAGCGAACAUAGAAAUCAUACAAACUAGCUUUUUUUUUAUACGUUGGGAAAUGCUUUAUACAUAUCUUCCGCCUGGGGGAGGCGGAGGGUUAUGUGGAACUUACCGGGACGGCAUUGUAUCAUCGCUCCGGCAUACCCACUAAACCCAAUGAUGGCCUCUAUGCAUGAUUGUAGAGAGGGCUGCAGGAUCGAACUCAGUAUACAGCCGCCCUCCCUCGUACUCGGUCCCCGCUUCACGAUGUGUGCGUGACCCCUUUUUCUGGGGGCAUACAAGCUAGUAUAUAGCUAAUUUUAGGGCCGUAGCAUAAAAAAUUUAAGCAGUAAAGCGGGGAGCGCACACUUUUGCAUAAGCGCAUAACCAUAAACAUAAAGAAAUUGAUUGGUCCACAAAUGUAUGCAUAAGAAAAUGAACCAAUCAAUUCCCCGCUUAUGACUUAAAACUUAAGAAUUUCAUCCAUAAAUCAUCUGAAAUUUUCAGUGUUGCUUAAGUUUUAAUAUAGCUGCCUUAUUGUUCGACUGUGAUUGAUCAAUUUGCUUACAUCUUAAGCGUCGUCUACAAUAGGAAUAAGAGUAGAAGUAAGAGAGGAGUAGGAAAUAAAAAUAAUUUAUUCGCUGACGCCCUUACUUCAGCCUUCUUAAACCGGAAAUAGCCCUCUUCUACUCUUACUCCUAUUGUAGACGACACUUUAAGUCUUAAACUGCUUAAGUUUUUUUGUGUGCCACGGUCCAUACAGAAAAACGUACAUCGUGACGCCGGCUUAAUCUUAAAAAAUGACUAUAAUUAAAAUAGUUAAAAUUAUAUAUUCUAAAGUUUUUUCUCUCUUCAAAUUUUAUCAAUUUUGUUGAAAAUAUUUUUUGUAAUGUUUUGAUGUUAAAUUUCAAAGAAAAUAUCUUAUCACACUUUAUAUAAAACAUUUUGUGUGUGUGUGUGCGCGCGCGCGCGUGCGUGUGCGUGUAAUAUAUAUGUGUCAUAUAUAUAUAUACACAUAUAUUAUAUAAAUACAUAUAUACGUAUAUACAAGCUGUCCGGUAACUUUUGACACACUCGAAGGUAGAUUAAAUCAAACUGAAAAGAAAAACUUGUUUUUCUCCAUAACGCUUAAUAAAGGAAUUAUUAUUAAGUUAAGUCUUGCCUAUCAUCGCAGAUCUUUAGCCGGAUGCACGUCGAUGAGCCGCGCGCCAGUGUAAGAGAGCGCCCGCCGCUAUGGCGGCGCACUACUUAUCAAGUUCACUGAUAUGCGUCCAGCUAAAGAUCGCUAAUUAGCCUUUACACAAUAAUAAUUCCUUUAUUAAGCAUUAUAGAGAAAAAUGAUAUAGGACUUUUUUCAGUUUGAUUCAAUCUAUCUUUACAUUUCGGAUGUUACUCAAGGAUGUUCCAAAGUAACUGUGACAACGCUUAUGAGUGGGUACAGCACAGCAAACUGAACAGAAAAGUCGUUUACCAUUUUUUUUAUAAUGCUUAAUAAAGGAAUUAUUAUUGAGUAAAAUCUGGUUAAUCGGCACCGACUUUUAGUUGAACACACGUUAGUGAGCCGCGCGCCUAGUAGUAGUGCUGCUGUAACAACAAGUACACUCACAUAUACUGUUAGGCGCGCAUCUCACCACGACUAUAUACAGGGUCCCACCUGCUUAAUGCUUAAUAAAGCAGUUAUUAUUGAGUAAAAUCUGAUCUGCGACGACUUUUAGCUGAGCACAUAUCGUGUUCAGCUAAAAGUCAUGGUGAGAUGCACGCCUAACAGUAUAUGUGAGCGUUCCUGCUAUUACAGUAGCAUAUAUAUAUUGUAUUUUUAUUAUUAUUAUAUUUGUUAAUUUGCCUACGCGCGUCGCACCAACAAGAUAUUAAAGCGGUCAUGUGAUGAAUUUUUGUGAAUACGAGUGAGUCCGAUGUUUCUGGGAAUAAUUGGAGAAUAUUAAUAUUAUUUUAGAUCGCUUUCGACGAUAGAAAUAUCCUAAGAUGUGCAUUGUAAACUUUAUAAUUUAAAAUUAUAUAUAUUUUACAGAUAUGUAUUUCAAGAAUUUGUAUAUAUAUAUACAUAUACAGUGUCCUAAACCACCCGUACACUCCUUUUCUUUCAAAAACUAAGCAUUUUGCAGAAAAACGUUUUGAACAAAAAUUGUAUGGUUUUGAGGGGAAUAUAAGAUGCUGUCACUGAUUUGAUUUUGGAUGCAUCGUUAAGGUCGUUAAGGUCAAGUCAAAGACACUUUUAAUUUCUUAAAAACCCCCAUUUUUUAUUGCAUAUACUUAUAGCUUAUGUCGAUAGCUUUCCAAAACCCUAUAAUAAAGUAUUUUUCUAUUAAGAAUUUGUUGAGAUAUUUUGUAUCUUAAUCUGACAUAUUUUAAUAUAAAAUAUCUCGAAAAUUAUUUAGUUUUUGAUAAUUGUAACAUUUUUAUGUACAGAAUAAUAAGUUGAAUCAAAUGGUGUACAGAAAAUAAUUGUUUUAAAAAAAGUGCAAUUAUUUGCAAUAUAUUUUUUAUAACAAUUAUUUAAUUUUUCUUUACACUAUUCCUCUUAUUAUUCUGUACAUAAAAGUAUUACGAUACAAUUAUCGAACACUAAAUAAUUUCCGAGAUAUUUUAUAUUUUAUAUUAAAAUAUGUCAGAUUAAGAUACAAAAUAGCUCAAAAAAUUCUUAAUAGAAAAAUACUUUAUUAUAGUGUUUUGGAAAGCUCUCGACAUAAACUAUAAGAAUAUGUAAUAAAAAAUGGGGGAUUUAAGAAAUUAAAGGUGUCCUUGACUUGAUCUUAACAAUUCCAUCCAAGGUCAAAUCAAUGAAACCAUUUUAUGUACCUCUCAAAACCAUACAAUUUUUGUUCAAAAUGUUGUUUUUUUCUAAAAUGUGUAGUUUUUGAAAGAAAAGGGUGUACGGAUGGUCUAAGACAUCCUGUAUAAUAAUAUAUAUAUAUAUAUAUAUAUAUAUAUAUAUAUAUAUAUAUAUAUAAAUACAGGGUAUUUUACAAAGAUUGUGCUUCGAUCACACGAGCUUCGUAGUGUCGCACGGCAACGAAAAGUGUUUGGUCUUACGCGUAUUUCUCUCGUCGCGAAGCCAAACUUUUUGUUGCCGUGCGACACUAUGAAACUCACCGCUGUCACGCCUAAAGCGUACGUCUCAUAAUCUAGCCGCGCAAAACGCAUGCUGCUCAUUCGUUAAUACUUUUUAAUUAAUAUUUCAAUAAUUAUUGCAAAAAUUGCAAAAUGGUAAAGGACUUUUCUGUUCAGUUUACUGUCCUCUACUCUCUCACAAGCGUGGCACAAUCUUUGCAGGACACCCAUACAGGGUGUCCCAGAAUAAUGGGGACAAAAUUCGUGUGCAGGUAGAGCGGACUAAAUUGAGUCGAAAAGUCCUUUAUCAUUUUUUUAUAACGCUUAAUAAAAGAAUUAUUAUUGAGUAAAAUCUGGUCAAUCAUCGCUGAUUUUUAGCCGGGCGUACGUCGGUGAACUAUGCUGUAACAGCUGAGUGCUCAUGCAUAUACCAGAAGGCAUACGGCUCACCAACAUGCGCCUGGCUAAAGAUCAGCGAUGAUUAGUCAGACUUUACUCAAUAAUAAUUUUCUUAUUAAGCGUUGCAUAAAAAAACAAUGAUGAUAAAGGACUUUUCGACUCAGUUUCGUCCGCUCUAUCUGCACGAGUUUUGUCCCUAUUAUUCUGGAACACCCUGUAUAUACAUAUAUAUAUAUAUAUAUAUAUAUAUAUAUAUAUAUAUACACACACACAGAGGAUAUAUUUUUUUUAUUAUACUUUUAUUAUUACUAUAUACAUUUAGAUUUAUUUGGCAGAAUAUUUGAGAUUGAGAAAGGAUUACUACGUUAGCGAUUGAUUUUUAUUAAAUUUCCGAUAAGAAACAAAAUUGAUUUCACAUUCAUUGAAGAAUCUUUGGUUCCUUAUGCUUUGCUACUAUGUAGAUACAUGUAUAAAAAAGAAAAUUUGGCUAUGUAUUGUAACAUUCAAGUCGGAAAGUAACAAAGAUUGGAAGUGUCGAAAUGUUGACAUUAAGCGAGUUGACAACAAAAAUGUAAAAAUUGUAAGAAGUAUUUUAAUUGUAAAUUGUCUAUAAUUCGAGUGGAGAGAGGACCAGAGAGAGAAAGAAAGAGAGAGAGAGUGUGAGAGGGGGGAGCAGGAGAGGGAGAGGGAGAGGGAGAGGGAGAGAGAGAGAGAGAGAGAGAGAGAGAGAGAGAGAGAGAGAGAGAGAGAGAGAGAGAGGUACAUAUAAACAUAAGUAUGACGUAAACUGCAUUUUCUUCUGAACUUAAUUGUGGCAUUUUUUAAAUGUGGUGAAAAUAGUAUCGAGAAACCUUUAUUUCAAUAUUUAUGAUAUUUAUAUAUUAUCUUGACAAUUAACACAACGUUCAACUGAUUGAUAAUUCUUCGCAAUUGUAACACGAAACUUUUUAGGUUUCUUGGAAUCUCUUGUAACUUAUUAUUCUCAUCAUAUUAUGAAAUAAAAAUGAUUAGCAAAUA